UCCAUGUCUACUCUCUCUUCAGAUAAAGAGGAACUCUUUCAGAAUGUACUGACGCGAGCAGCAGAGGAGUUUUCAAAGGCAUUCAAAAUCAACAAGCUGAAGACUGAGGUCACCAACCGUCUCACAAUGUUGGAAAAGAGAGUAGAGCUCGAGGGGAUGAAGGUGAUGGAGAUUGAGAAGUGUCGCAAUGACAUCAAGAAGCUCCGUGAGGAGAUCGCAUCCAGAAACAACAGUAAUUUUUUGGAUGACAACAAGAAGCGGAGUCCUUGCAUCCCCUCUGAACCCAAAUGCCAUCUGUCUAAGGAGACAAUGGAAGCUCUUAGAUUGCCUACAUUUGAUGCUUGGCAGUGGGAGCCCAAUGAGAUGCUGAGCUGUCUGGAACAUAUGUACCAUGACCUGGGCUUGGUCAGAGACUUUAAUAUAAAUCCCAUCACACUGAAAAGAUGGCUGCUGUGUAUCCAUGACAACUACAGGAAUAACCCCUACCACAACUUCCGCCACUGUUUCUGUGUCACCCAGAUGAUGUACAGCAUGAUCUGCCUCUGCAGCCUUCAGAAAAUGCGUACUUCAAGCGUGCAGACCCUGAAUUGGGACACAGCCAUAGAACAUGAGACAAUUACCUUUCAAACUAAAACAGGAAGUUCUUUGUGUUUUCAAUUUUCUAUUAACUCAGUCUUCAGUCUCUCUCCUCCUGUCACGUUUGUCCCUGUGCCUCUCACUCCUCUUAUUGAUCCUCUUUGUCAUAAUUCCCUCCGCAGGUAUCAGAUCAACGCUAGAACGGAGAUGGCCCUUCGCUACAAUGAUAUUUCUCCUCUGGAGAACCACCACUGUGCUGUGGCCUUCCAGAUUUUCUCCCGGCCUGAUUGCAACAUAUUCUUCAACUUUGACCCUGAGGCCUUUAAACAGAUACGACAGGAAACUAUCACAUUGAUCCUGGCCACAGACAUGGCACGCCACAGUGAGAUCCUAAAAACCUUCAAGCAGAAAGUUGACAACUUUGACUACACAAAUAAGGAGCAUGUUGCCUGCCUGAAGAUGGUACUUAUCAAAUGUUGUGACAUCUCCAAUGAAGUGCGACCCAUGGAGGUGGCUGAGCCUUGGGUCGAUUGCCUGCUGGAGGAGUACUUCAUGCAGAGUGACAGGGAGAAGGCUGAGGGACUUCCUGUGGCUCCGUUCAUGGACAGAGAAAAGGUCACCAAGUCAACAGCCCAGAUUGGCUUCAUCAAAUUCGUCCUCCUCCCCAUGUUUGAGACUGUGAUGAAGCUGUUCCCACAGAUUGAGGAGGUGAUGGUAAAGCCACUCAGAGAGUCAAGAGACCGGUACGAAGAGCUCAAACAGACUGAUGAUGCUGUGAAUGAGGUGCAGAAAAAGAAAAGUGAGAAUUUAACAAUGGAUGGUGAGAAGUGAAAAGUUCUGAAAAGGACCAGUGAGCACAGAGCACAAGUACAGUGGAAUAAUGAGAUGUGUUGUUCCACUGGGAGCUGUAAGACCUUCCAUCACCCUGUCCACUCCUCACAUGGAGCAGCAUGAAGGGUGUUGUCGUUUCCAGUGUGCCACAGGAAGAUGAUGGCCGAUGUUUAAGAGCAGCUUCUUAAGCUGCUACAGGACUUGAGAACCAGAGGGACUCUGAAUUGAGUGGUUUUAGCUGAAUGCUAGCAUUCGAAUACCACAGACUACUUCAGUGAACAAUAUUUAGAUAUAAUUUGUGUAUUGUGUUUGUUUUUACAUAUUUUUAUUGGCUUUUGUUAUUUUAUACAAAAAUUAAAAGUAUAAUCUUAAUAGCAAAGUUCUAUCUGGACUGUUUCUUUUAUUUUCACACAAAAUAGCCAAUUAUUCGUCAUGGAAAGGCAGCAAAAGAGAAGAGGAAAAAAGGAGGGCAAAGAUAGACAAGGACAAAAUACAAGAGAGGGAGAAGCCAAAAGUUAACGAAAUGCAUUGAAAUGAAAUGCUUCCUAAUUCUUCUUGUGAUUGCUCCCUCUCACUGGAUCAUCUGCAUCCAUCUUACCCUAUCCUCCUCUGUCACACCCUCUGCAUAUCCUCCUUAACUUCAUGGGUCAUUGUGGCGCCAGUGUGUACGGCAUGCCAUCUGCUGCAUCUUUUGCUCUCCACUUUGUUUUUGUUGUUGUGUGUCAAGCAAAAUGUCAAGUGUCUACAGAUGUAUGAUCACCAGACAGUUCUAAAGCUUUUUUCUACCAACCUCCGUGCUCACCUCACUGGAAGCGGCACAGGCGUCAGGGUAAGUGAGGUGGGCGGUUAGCUAAAACGCCUGUUUGGCCUGCUGUCCCAAACUUUUCCUGACCCAAAAGGAAUCGGCUCCUCACCUCUUUGCUUUGUUGCGCUCGUUGGAUCAGGUGUUCUCUAUCAUAUCGAUCAUAUCUUGUGUUGUACCAUGUGUGGUACAACACAAGUCUGUGGGGGGUGUGGUGACAGUGUGGGUACGUUUGAUGGUGUGAUGAAGCCCUGGGAAUGUGGCGAAUCUUUCUGACCAACUGUGAAGUACUGACAUCAGCUCAUCAUUUGAUUUACAGCAGCCCUGCUGUGAUAAUACAUGUGGGCUACGUACCAGUGGAUAUGUAAAUGUAAUGAUGUAUCAAUAGCAGAAUACCCAUAUGAGGUCCUGUAUAAUCUAAAUAUAUACACACACACACACACACACACACACAUAACUAACCAUCCACUCUGAGUUGAUUUAAGUCUUAUGUACAUGUACAUGAAGUACACGGACACACUGCACAGGUGGUUUCAUGUCUGCGCAGCUGCUUUAUACGUGUGCUGUGGGGAGUGGGCAGGCUAGGCAGAGUGUCUUAAAGAAGUAUCUACACAUCCAACCAAUGGGGAUCAUUCCCUGUACAUAUGGAAUAUGUAACGGAGUGGAGAGAGAGUCUCGAUGUGAUAGAGAAUAAAUUAUUUGACCAAAAAAACCCCAAA